GCAGGAACAGCUGAGCACUGGAGAGAGUCUUCUUCUGGAUCAGACGUGUGUCACAGGCUGCAGGAGGCAGCUGAGGGAGAAGUAUCUUCACGAGCACGUCUGAAAACACGCGUCAAAAUGGUCCAGAGCCGCAACAGACCGCUCUGCUCUGCGUGGAGAAGUGUGUCUCAACGAGCCCGGAUGUUGCUUCCCGUUGGUUUCCAGACAGAAAUGAAGGAGACGUGUAAACUCGCUGGACCCGUGAUGAUCUCCGGGCUCAUGGGUUUGGCCGUGGGAUUUGUCAGCACCGUGUUCUGUGGCCACUUGGGAAAGAUAGAACUGGCCGCUGUGUCUCUCGCAAUAGCGAUCAAUAAUGUCCUGGGGAUAUCCAUCGGUUUUGGUUUGGCUGCUGCGUGUGACACUUUGAUGUCUCAGACAUUCGGGAGUGGGAAUCACCAUAAAGUGGGCGUGAUACUCCAAAGGUCAAUUCUCAUUUUGAUCCUGGCCUGCUUCCCCUGCUGGGCAAUCCUCCUCAACACAGAGGCCCUUCUGCUGGCUGUUGGUCAGGAACCAGAGGUCGCCAGGUUGUCACAGAUGUAUGUGCACAUCUUCAUGCCAGCGCUUCCUGCGUCCUUCCUGUUUUCCCUGGAAGCAAAGUACCUGCAAAACCAGGGCAUCAUCUGGCCAGCAGUGGUCACUGGCCUUGUGGUCAACGUCCUGAAUGCCCUGAUCAACUACAUAGUCCUGUUUGUGUAUGAACUGGGAGUGCGAGGGUCUGCGAUUGCCAACUUGCUCUCUCAGUACCUCAUGGCUGUUGUUCUUUAUGGAUAUAUCCUGUGGAGAGGUCUUCACAAGUCCACCUGGAAAGGCUGGUCCAGAGAAUGCUUGGAAGACUGGGGGCAGUUUAUGCACUUGGCCAUUCCCAGCCUGCUCAUGGUCUGUGUGGAGUGGUGGACCUAUGAGAUCGGAGGCUUUUUGGCAGGUAUCAUCAGUGAAGUGGAACUGGGAGCUCAGUCGGUGGUUUAUCAAAUUUCCAAUGUCGCAUACAUGUUUCCAAUGGGCUUCAGUGUGGCAGGAUGCGUCAGAGUGGGGAACGCGUUGGGAGCUGGAGACACGGAACAAGCCAAGCUGUCAGCUAAAAUCUCAAUGUUCAGCGGAGUGUCCGUCUCCGUCAUCUUGGCCGUUCUCGUCGGAAGCCUGAAGAAUUAUGUCUCUUUUGUUUUCACCUAUGACGAGCAAAUCCGUCAGAGAGUAUCGGAUGUUGUAUCGUUUUACGCACCGUUUCUCCUCUUGGAUGCGACAGUUGCAGUGUCUGGAGGAGUCAUAAGAGGAGCAGGUAAACAGAAGGUUGGCGCCAUUUGCUACAUUCUGGGCUACUAUGGGAUUGGUUUACCCAUCGGUGUGCCACUGAUGUUUGCAGCCAAGAUGGGAAUCGUAGGACUGUGGACAGGCAUUUUGACCUGUGUGUUUCUGCAGUGUAUUUUCCUCAAUGUGUACUUGUUCUGUAUGAACUGGAGGACAGCAACUGUUGAGGCUCAGAUUCGAGCUGGAGUGUGCACCAGCGUGCCUGACGCAGAUGAGCUGCCUCACUCGGCAAGCCAGGACAAUCUCUUGGAGCUGGUGGAAGCCGAGGAAGACGCGGUCGCCCCGCCCACUCAAAUGGAUGACAUCACUUUUCGGAAACUGCUGGUGCGCAGAGGGAUGGUCCUGGUCCUCAUGCUCUUCGUCUUAGCUGCCGGGAUUGGCAUUAAACUUUUACUCUCCAUUCAUAUAACCUGAAAAUUGGCAUGUCUGGAAAAAAUGAAAGCAACAUCCUCUGGGUGUGACUUCCUGAUGGUGGUGCCCAGUGACGGCCCGGCCCCCGAGCACAGGAGCUGAAGGAGAAGGACGACGAGUCCGUGCAAUGGAAGCGAAUGCUUAUAUUUGAUUCACACAUGAAUGCACAGCUUUGUGAAAACCAUUUAAAUACAACAUUAAAAGGAGUUUAGACGACCAUCCGGGAGCGCGGUUCCUUGAAGGGAUGUGUUGACGGUGACACUCCAGUCUGUGGUGCCGUUGGUGACUGAAGGCACCGGGACUAGAAUGUGCACACUCGCCCCGAUAAGUAGAAGAGAAACCGCCACAAACAUGGUCAGACCUCGACGCAGGAACAGCUGAGCACUGGAGAGAGUCUUCUUCUGGAUCAGACGUGUGUCACAGGCUGCAGGAGGUACAGAGAUGUAGUCGUCCCCCGCCUUCAAGGAAGGAAACAGAAUUCUCAUGUUGGUGCACAGCCAUGGAGCUGUGUUAGGAGUAGGACUUGCUUGUAUGUUUUUAAAUGACGGGAUAAAUCAGUCAUUUAUGACCAACUCACAUUGUCACAGCUCCCAGUCAGUUCUAAGUUUUCACUGGACUUGAUGGACGUUUGAAACAAUGUCAACUCUGCAUUUUUCAGAGCACGUUCCACUGCCUGUGAGGAAAAAAAACACUCCUUAUAUCACAUAGAUUUCACAUGCAUUUCGGUUUCCAUAUAACCCUGGAUGUCCUCAACAAAAUGUAGCAGAGUCAGGGAGGUCAGUGUGCCUCACAUGUCUCAGCAAAAAGCGGCCUCAGCGCUCUGACAAACCAUGAAAAUAAGAGCUAGUUUUUAUUUUGCAAAGAAGCACGUGUCGAACAAGUCAGCGGUAGAUGAUCCGUUGAAGUCGGAGAUGUGCUUGAGUGUUUACACAGACAGACAGAGACUCUUCUCAGAAGGUCUCACACUGAGCCGCUCAGCAGAGAGCUGCCGGAGUGGAGCCAACUAACCAGUUACCCUCGCAGAGUUCCAUGUGAAAACCUGGAAAAAGUUUCUGCCCCUUGUUCAACCGAUGCCUCGAGGUAAACAGAGAAUUGCCUGGGGGGAUUAUGUUUCUAAAUAGGCCUGGGAACACCUGUGUGUGCCCCUGCCCUGGAGUAGGUUACUGGUCCUUUAGACAUGGCCCCACAAGCAGAAGACAAGUCAGAGAAAAUGGAGAAUCUGCAAGGACUGUCUCCUCUGGCAGACCUUUUUUAGCUCAAUAAAAUUAGCUGGUGAGGCAACAGCGAUGACAACCCACCUCCACCCCAGCUUCCCCCGCACACUCCUUUCAUCUUCAUAAGAUGGUAUGUCAGAUUUUUUAUCAAGCAUAACAUUGGUUAUUUCCCGGGAUAUGAACAUAAAAAUGUAGAGCCAGCGACAACCCUCCAUUGGUAUGAAAAGACAACAAACCUCCUCAGUCAUUUUCCGCCAGUUCAAGUUGAAGAUGACGGUGAUGUAGAAGGUCGACUGCAAAAUGACACAAAUUAGAAGGCCGAGCCAAAAGCCUGUGUAGACAACGGGGGGAGAAAAAAAAUCAUGUGACGUGAGGUCAACUUUGUUUCCUGGCUCCAACACCGACCUAAGAUUCUGAGUUUGGCCACAAACACAAAGGUGACACACAGGGUGAGUCCGAUGCAGUAGUAGCCGAUGAAGUUGGCCACUGCAGGGAUCCUCUGCCUCCCGGUGCCCAGGAAGAUUCCCGUGCACACACACUGUGGGAAGAGUGUUGGAUCAUGCUGUGAGAAGGUUGUGGUUUCUGUGAAUGCGUCACGUACCACAAGACCGUCGAAGAACUGGAGGAAGCAGUAGACAUUCAUCAGGUUGGACACCAAACCGAUGACUGUUCUGAGGGUCAGUCAGGUUAUUGUCAAGGGAUGGAUGGAUGGAUGGAUGCAUGGAUGGAUGGAUGGAUGGAUG